AAGUAAUGAGAGUUCAACCGGUGACAAACUGCGAGAAGGCUGUGAUAUUAGAGGCGCUGAAAAUUGGAAAAAGAUUUGAUUUUCGUAGUCUGGAAGAAUUUCGGGAUGUGAAGUUAGUGGUCGGAGCAGAAGUUGGAACUGCAAUUUGCACUAUUGGAAAUACAAAGUUCAGUAAUGGCUGCAGUAAGUGCCGAAAUCGCUGAACCAUCGUCAAUGAGACCACACAAAGGAGUUAUUAAUAUUGACGUUGAUUUGAGUCCAAUGGCUAAUUAUGCCAAUGAGCAUGACCGUCUCGGGAGCAAAGGAAUGGAACUGAUUCGUCUAUUGGAGCUUAUUAUUCGUGAUUCUCGGUGUAUUGAUGUUGAGGCUCUCUGCAUUCGCGCUGGAAAAGAAAUUUGGAAAAUUCGAGUAGAUGUCCGAAUUCUUGACGAAGAUGGAAGUCUUCUUGAUUGUGCUUGUCUCGCUGCUAUCACAGCUCUUCAGCAUUUUAGACGACCAAAUGUCACUUUGGAACCACAUCACACUCUUAUCUAUUCGGAAUACGAAAAAGCACCAGUUCCAUUGAACAUUUACCAUAUGCCAAUUUGUACAACCAUCGGAUUAUUGGAUAAAGGGUUUGAUUUCUGUCACAAAUUCAUUUUAAUUUUUAAUUUUCAGACAAAUUGUAGUCAUCGAUCCAACAGAUAAAGAAACUGCAUGUCUUGAUGGAUCAAUUGUAGUUGCCUGCAAUAAGCGUCGCGAAGUUUGUGCCCUCCAUCAGAGCACAAAUCUCAUUUUAUCAACAAAGCAGAUCGAGCGUUGCGUAAAGUUGGCAAUGGCUCGUGCGGAAGCGCUCACUGCAGUUGUUAGUGACGUCAUUAAACAGGAUCAAAUUGAAAGAAGCGCAUUCAAACGUCCGGAUGGUUUUGCAAUCACCACUCCAUCACUCAUUCUCACAGCUGGAACUACAGCUUCUCGUCAAAUUCGUGCUCCUGUAAUCAAAACUGAGCCUGAGUCGUUCACACAGAGAAGUCUCUACCAACCAAGUGUUAUUCUUAAUGAGAAUCCAUUGAGUGUCGGAUCAGUCAAGCAAGAAGAUGUUGAUGAGGAGACAUUGCUCGCCGAGCAACUUACAACUAUUCAGAAUAGUGUUGGACAAGUUGAAGUGACUGAGAAGCAGACUGUUGCAGUUUCCAGCCGAAAGCGCGAAGUAGAGGAAGUCAACGAUCUUCUUGACGGACUCGACGAUGACGACGAGGAGGAAGAAGUUCAAACAAUGACACUGGGAUCCGAAACAGUAUUGAACGACGUGCCAAUGGAAGAAGCUCCAGAUGCCGAAGAUAGCCUCGUGAAUGCUAAAAAGAAAAAGAAGAAGUAGUUUAGAUGCCGCUAAUUUCUUUAAUUUGUUGUCUUUUUCAUUCCUUCCCAUUUUUAUUUGUUCGCAAUGUUGCCUUGUUGUGUUUAUGAAUCGUUUAAAGUUU